GAGAGUGUAAUGCCUCGGACUCGUUCUCGACCUUGACUCCUCUCUCUCUCCCCUGUCUCUGCUGAUGCCCUAGCCUCCUUCGCUCCGCCGGAGAUCCGCCUUCCCCGUCAGAUCGCCUCACCAAUCUCGCUUCUCCCGCCUUGCUGCAGCUCCUUUCCUCCUUAACUGAGAGAGAGAGAGAUGGAGGGCUUCAGCGGCUUCUUCGUCGACGAGAAAGCGGUUCGCGUCGAGAACAUCUUCCUCGAGUUCCUCAAGAGGUUCAAGCUUGAUCCGAAUGCGACGGAGCCCCUCUACGAGGCCGAGAUCGAGGCGAUGCGGUCCAAGGAAUCCACCACCAUGUACGUGGACUUCUCCCACGUGAUGCGGUUCAAUGAUGUUCUUCAGAAGGCCAUCUCCGAAGAGUACCUCCGAUUUGAGCCCUAUUUGAGGAAUGCGUGUAAGAGAUUUGUGAUGGAGCAGAAAUCGGGACCGUCCAUAAUCCCCGACGAUAGCCCUAACAAGGACAUCAAUGUCGCCUUCUACAAUAUUCCGCUGCUGAAGAGAUUAAGAGACCUCAAGACCUCGGAGAUCGGGAAGUUGACGUCGGUGAUGGGGGUUGUUACGCGAACUAGCGAAGUUCGUCCCGAGCUCCUUCAGGGGAACUUCAAGUGCCUCGAGUGUGGGAACGUUGCGAAGAAUGUGGAGCAGCAGUUUAAGUAUACGGAACCUAUCAUCUGCACGAACGCGACAUGUCAGAACCGAGCUAAGUGGGCUCUUCUCCGGCAAGAGAGCAAGUUCACAGAUUGGCAGAGGAUGCGGAUGCAGGAGACUUCAAAGGAAAUUCCUGCCGGGUCUCUUCCUCGGUCGUUGGAUGUCAUUCUGCGACAUGAGAUGGUUGAGAAGGCGAGGGCUGGGGACACGGUCAUCUUCACAGGCAUGGUGGUUGCUGUACCAGAUGUGAUGGCAUUAACUUCUCCUGGAGAAAGGGCAGAGGUUCGGCGGGAAGCUUCUCAGCGUCGGAAUGGAGGUAGCGGUCAUGAAGGUGUAAGGGGUUUGAAAUCUUUGGGAGUAAGAGAUCUCUCGUAUCGCAUUGCUUUCAUAGCAAACUCAGUGCAGGUGACAGAUGGGAGGAGAGAUGGCGACCUUAGGGACCGGAAAUUGGAUGGUGAUGACACAGACAGACAAGAAUUCACUCAAGAAGAGGAAGAGGAGGUUUUCAGGAUGAGAGACACUCCUGAUUUUUUCAAUAAGCUUGUUGAUAGCAUAUGCCCUACUGUUUUCGGUCAUCAAGAAAUUAAAAGAGCAGUCCUCCUUAUGCUAUUGGGUGGUGUUCACAAGAUUACACAUGAAGGAACUAACCUCAGAGGUGAUAUUAAUGUGUGUAUUGUUGGAGAUCCCAGUUGUGCAAAAUCCCAAUUCCUGAAAUAUGUUGCCGGUCUUGUUCCACGGUCUGUUUAUACGUCAGGAAAAUCCUCAUCGGCUGCUGGUUUGACAGCAACAGUUGCUAAAGAGCCAGAAACAGGGGAGUUUUGUAUUGAGGCUGGCGCACUUAUGCUGGCUGAUAAUGGUAUCUGUUGCAUUGACGAAUUUGACAAGAUGGACAUUAGGGAUCAGGUUGCCAUACAUGAAGCAAUGGAACAACAGACCAUUAGCAUAACAAAAGCUGGCAUACAAGCAACUCUAAAUGCUAGAACUGCUAUCUUAGCUGCAGCAAAUCCUACAGGAGGACGCUAUGACAAGACCAAACCCCUCAAAUACAAUGUGGCCCUUCCUCCUGCUAUUCUUUCAAGGUUUGAUCUGGUGUACAUCAUGAUCGAUGAGCCUGAUGAUAACACUGAUUAUCAUAUUGCUCACCACAUUGUGAGGGUUCAUCAGAAGCGCGAAGAUGCACUUGCCCCUCCAUUUACCACAGCAGAGUUGAAGCGAUAUUUUGCUUAUGCCAAGUCUCUUAAGCCUCAGCUGAGCUCUGAAGCUAGAAAAGUGUUGGUUGAAUCAUACGUGGCACUUCGCAGAGGUGACACUACUCCUGGCACUAGAGUUGCUUAUAGAAUGACAGUCAGGCAGCUGGAAGCAUUAAUCAGGCUGUCUGAAGCCAUUGCAAGGAGUCAUUUGUAUAAAGUUGUGCUUCCGGCACAUGUUCGAAUGGCUGUAAGGCUGCUAAAAACAUCUAUAAUCAGUGUUGAGUCGAGCGAGAUAGACCUCUCUGACUUUCAAGAUAAUGAAGAUGCUGGUGGAAAUAGAGUUGCUGACCAAGAAAUUGCAGCUCCAACUGAAAAUGCUCAUCCAGCACCAGAAAAUGAAGGUGAUGCUCAAGGGAGUGAGGGCCAGCAGAAGAAAAAAAUGGUUAUAACUGAAGAACAUUUCCAGAGAGUUACUCAAGCAUUGGUCAUGCGCCUGCGACAGCAUGAAGAGACUGUUAUGCAAGAUGGAAGUGGAUUGGCUGGCAUGAAGCAAGGGGACUUGAUUGUUUGGUAUGUUGAGAAACAGAAUGCUCAAGGUGCAUACAGUUCCACCGAUGAGGUGCGAGAAGAAGUUAAAUGCAUCAAGGCUGUCAUAGAGAGGUUGAUACAGAGGGAAGGUCAUCUGAUAGUGAUAGACGACGGCUCAAGCUCAGCGGCACCUUCGGCAGAUGGAGGGGAAACAAGAAGAUCCGCGGAGAAUAGAAUCUUAGCAGUGGCUCCAAAUUAUGUUAUUGAUUAACACAUCAAGUUAACAAAGAACUAACCUAUUCAAUUGACAUGGAGAAACUAUCAGAUUGUGCCACCAAUUGUUCCGGACAUCAGGUUUCGUUGAAGUGUGACAACACAUACGGACUCUAUGAAAGUUUCACAGUUCAGCAGCCCUGCUUAGAAGAGGAUUAAAGUAGGCUUUAGUUUGGGACUUGCGAAGAGGAUUUUCAUUUCCUAAUGUUAUUUGCUAUCCUAAGUUGCAAUACAUUCUUCAGGAUAUAAGAUAUACUCUUGCUUCCGCAUGGCAAAUCUAUCAGUCGCCCUGUUAAAGUUUGAUAUAAGCUGGCAACAACAUUUUCCUCUUUUCUUAGACUUUGCCCAUUUGAUUCUGUAUGAAAUAUGUCCUAUUGAGAGGGUUGUACUGUGUUAAAAGGUUGACUACUCCGUAACUGAUUUCCUUUUCUGGUUGUAUUACAUUUUGUUGCUGUAAAUCGCAACAGUUUUCAGCCGUCAGCAGGAAGCGGCCUUCUCUUAGUCGUCUAACACAGUUCAGUUGGUCAGCACUUUUUCCCCAAUUGCAGAGCUAUUAUUUUCAUUAGCAAGACAAGAAGAUAAUGAAUGGAUCAUGUACUUGUACUUUUGCAGCA